AAAAUUAUUAAUUGUGAUCGUUUUCCAGGUAUAACGAUAAGAUAAUAGUCAGCGACUCAGUCUUGACACGCCAAGGACUUCCCAGUCUCACGCGGCCGGGCGAGAUGAGCACCUAAAAUUACACCUUAGAUUUACAAUUCGCGAGGCAGUCGCAUUGGAUUAGUCCUACGAAGAAGACGUCCACGGAUAACUUUGAGCAAACCGAUCAAUAAUAAUAAUAAAAGUGUCGAAACUUGUUCUAAUUAACCGUAUCAGUGAAAGUGCGCGGCUUUUAAAAGCACAUUAGUAAAAUGACACGAAUUACGAGUCCCCACAAAGAGAAACAUCUAAAAUGAGUAUGUUGUUAACAAUGGAAAUAUUUCGCACGGCGAUUUUGCUUUUAAUUUUCUGUUUCUACACGACAUUUUCGCAUCCAUCGAGACCGCUGAACGAACGAUCGACCGAGUUAGCUUGGCAGGCCUGGUUAUUAGUCGAUGAUCAAAAUCAGAACAAGCAUCACGACCUCGAUAACUUCACAAGGCGAAGAAUAACGCCCAAGUCGGUCUUCAUUGCGCCCACGUUUAGCCCCGAGUCCCUGCCCGCCUGUGCUGAAGGAUAUCGAGCCGACUCGAUGGGACGUUGCAUACGAAUCAUUAAACUCGACCAGGAGGCCCACCUCGACUUUCUCCUCCAGAAGUUGAACGCGCAGUUCAGCAGUUACGACGACUUGGAGGAGGAUUCCCAAGAGGAAGUGCCGACGCCCGGUCCGUUUCAACUCAACAUACCGUUGAACGGUGCCGGGAUCAAGGAUAGCGACGACGACGAGCUGGACAUUGCGAUCGUCGUCGCACCGACCAACGGAAAUUUCGCCAUCGACGAUAUGCUGAAGAAUAGCGCGAAGAGGACGAGCUCGAGCGAUGGGGAUUCGAAACUAUUAGAAAAUCGUCCUCAAAAUGAGCAGCCAUUUGCAGAUUCUACGCCUAGCAUAAUUGAACAACGAUUCUCCCACACUGAAAAGGCUCAAAAAACUACAACGGAGUCUGCGAAAGUGACAACAGUAUUAUCAUCCGAAAUGCCUACGUUAUCCACAAUCAACAUCAAUAUAACUCCAUCAACUAUUGACACAACACUGUCUACAAUACCGCCAGAAACAACAACCCUGGAAAUGGAAACGGACACCACAGAAAGCAGUCAGCAUGCUUUAUUCUUUCUGGAGCAUUCUUUGCUCAAAGCGACACACAAACGAAACGACGCGAACGCAACUGAAGCUCCCACUACUACAACAACGGACCUAAAUCAACCCCCAACAAUUACAACAACAUAUCGUAACGCCAUUCGUUUCCCCACCGAAUCUUCGCACUACAUCGACUAUAUUAAAAACCCCGAAACGAUCACGCAAGCCAACCUCUUACCGCACGUCAACCGACACGUCAGCAACUUUAACGACGCGACAACCGUACCCUCCAGGGAACAGUUUCAGGCGCUCUUCAACGAGUACAUAAGCUCGAGGGGCGACGAUCUGAAGGGUACCGAACGUUUCGUCUUCAAAACGCAAGAGGACCGAACGAAGCACGACCGCUUCAAUACCGCACAUCACGGAUACAAUCACAGAAAUCGCGACAAGCACGCGAAUCUCUGGUCGCUGCCGCCUUCCUGGAGCGAAUCUAGUCCAAAGAAACCGAUCGUUUUAAGGUUGCCGCGCAGAUCGCACAGCAGGCAUCUCCUAGAUCAUCAUUCGCAGGAGUUCUAUCGGGAGUUCCCUCGAGAGGAAUUCUCUUACAUUUUCGGUAUUAAUCCCAUUCAGGCAAAUGAGAGAAGGGGUCGAAGAUGAUACAAAGAUCGGAUCGGUUUACAUAGACGUAAAAGGUAUCGAAUCCGCAUAAAAUGAAGACGGUGUAAUUAUGUUCAUAUAAUUGAUAUUUAGGUAAUUUAUACGACGUGUAUUAUUAUUGCGUAAGUGUUUCGUAGUCUAAGAUUCAAGUUCCUUUAAUACAAGUUGCAUAUGUACUUGAGAUGGGUCUGCUUAUACUAUAGAUAUAUUACAACGAACUUUGUAUAUUUCUACAAAUAGCGAUUAAUGAGGGGGUAGGUUUAAAACCAAAGAUGGAAAGCGAUCUGUAUAAUUGUAGUAACCGAAAGAAAUCAGCUGGAUGUAAGACCACAUAACGUAACGAAUAUUUUUAGCACAGUAAUGUAGAUAAUUACAGGCACCUACAUGUUAUUAUAUACGUAUAUGUCGUUCAUACAGGACCUAAUUUUGUAAAUUCAAGUUGUACAAAUGUAAAUAAACUGUGCCGUGUUACCGGCAAUGUAACCAUAUAUUUAUAAAUUAUACUUAUUCGUAUUUAUUGUAUAUUAAGAUUGUGCCAGUAGAUUAGCAAAGGGUAAUAUACGUAAAAUGAUAAUUAUUACACCCUACCUCAA